UGUGUUCUAUGUUACAGGGAGGACAUUCAGUGAAGACUCGGAGUCCACAUCUAUGUCGAUAUUUGACAAGGAAUGCACCUUCGACGAAGACGCGGGACCGUGCGACUACGUCCAAGGCACCGAUGACGAUUUCGACUGGGAGCUGGUGCGAGCUCAUGGGGGACCUCACCAGAGCGCUGACCUGCUCCGCGGCUCCUACAUGCUGGUGAACUCCUCUAAGCACAGCGCGGGGCAGCGAGCUCACUUCAUCCUGCCGAGCCUGAGCGAGAACGACACCCACUGCAUCCAGUUCAGCUUCUUCCUAUCCAGCAGAGAGGGCCGAGCCCCGGGGUCCCUGGCAGUGUACGUGCGGGUCAACGGGGGUCCGGUCGGCAGCCCGGUCUGGAACAUGUCCCGGUCAUUUGGCAAACAGUGGCUGCAGGCGGAGCUGGCCGUCAGCACCUUCUGGCCCAACGAGUAUCAGGUUAUUUUCGAGGCCGUGGUCUCCGCGGAACGAAAAGGCUACAUCGGGAUCGAUGACCUGCUGAUCCUCAACUACCCCUGCUUCAAAGCUCCGCACUUCCUGCGCCUGGGGGACGUGGAGACCAACAGGGGGCAGAACGCCACCUUCCAGUGCGUGGCGGCUGGACGGGCCACGGAGGCCGAGACGCUCAUUCUGCAGAGGCAGAGCGGGGGAGCGAGCAUCCCGGCCACACAGGUCACGCGUACCAGCCCCCGGCGGGUCCUCGCUACCUUUCAGCUCCACGGAGUCACGCUGCCAGAUCAGGAUCUUUAUCGCUGCGUCACGCAGUCGGGACGAGGGGCCGGUGUCUCCAACUUCGCUGAGCUGAUCGUCAAAGAGCCUCCAUCGCCUCGGUCUCCUCCGCACCUGGUCCGUGCCGGCUCCACCUACCUGAUCGUGCAGCUGAACACCAACGCCAUCAACGGGGACGGGCCUGUCAUUCGCAAGGAGAUCGAAUACCAGAUGACAUCGGGGCUGUGGUCGGAGGUUCACGCCGUCAACAACCCCACCUACAAGCUGUGGCACCUGGACCCCGACACCGAGUACCAGAUCAGCGUUCUGCUAACCAGACCCGGGGAUGGUGGGACAGGCGGAGCGGGGCCUCCACUCAUCAGCAGGACUAAAUGUGCAGAGCCCAUGCGAGCACCGAAGGAGCUGACGUUUGCGGAGAUCAAGCCGCGGCAGAUAACACUGCAGUGGGAGCCGCUGGGAUAUAACAUCACCCGUUGCCACUCAUACUUGGUCUCUGUCUGUUACCGUUACCUGUUUGGCCCCGGGCACAACGGGACAUUCAGAGAUUGCCUGCAAGCAGGCGUCGGGAGCUCCGAGCUCACCAUCAAGAACCUUCUGCCGUACAAAAACAUCUACGUCAAGAUCAUCCUCUCCAACCCCGAAGGAAAGAAAGAGAAUAAGGAAACCAUCUUUCAAACCGACGAGGACGUGCCCGGUGGGAUACCAGCCGAGUCCAUUAGCGGGACCCCCCUCGAAGACAUGAUCUUUCUGAAAUGGGAAGAGCCGUUGGAGCCCAACGGGGUCAUCACUCAGUACGAGAUAAGCUACCAAAGCAUAGAGUCGUCCGACCCCACGUUGAGGAUCCCUGGCCCACGGAGAACGCUGUCUAAACCCAGGAACGAGACCUACCAUGUCUUCUCUAACCUGGACCCCGGCACCACCUACCUCUUCUCAGUGAGAGCCUCCACGGGCAAAGGAUUCGGGCAGACCGCACAGACGGAAAUCACUACCAACAUCUCGGCUCCCGCCUUCGAUUAUGGGGAGAUUCUCCCUCCCCUGGACGAAACAGAGACCACCAUCACCGUCCAGCUGAAGCCAGCAAAGGGCCGAGGAGCUCCAGUCAGCGUUUACCAGGUGGUGGUGGAGGAGGCUGGGCUGCAACGAGCCCGGCGAGCGGCGAAGACCAACGAGUGCUUCCCUCUCGCCUUCACCCGGGACAGCGCGGCGGACGAGGGCUCCCAGCACUAUUACAGCGCCGAACUGCAGCCGAGCGACCUCCCCGAUCCCACGCCCUUCACCGUGGGCAACAACAACACCUACAAUGGCUACUGGAACGCUCCGCUGGAGCCCAAGAAAGACUACCACAUAUACCUUCAGGCUGUGAGCUUCUUCAAAGGGGAAACCAAGAUAAACUGCGUCCUGAUUGCCAAAAAAGCUGCUUGCAAGGAGAGUAAGAGGAGCCAGGAAGCAGCCCAGCGCUCCGAGGAGAUGGGGCUGAUCCUGGGAAUCUGUGCGGGAGGCUUGGCCGUGCUCAUCCUCAUCCUCGGGGCCAUCUUCGUCUUCGUCAAGAAAGGGAGGAGCUACUAUGCCUAUUCAUAUUACCCACGGAAACCGACGCAGAUGAAGAAGACGGUGAUCAGCUCCCGUCACGAGAAAGCUCAGAUAAUGAACGCGAUGGACAGGAGCUUCACUGACCAGAGCACACUGCAGGAGGACGAGCGUCACGGCCUGACCUUCACAGACCCUCACAACUGCAGCACCAGGUGCAAGUCAUCCCACAAAGAUGACCAGCGCAGUGUGAUGAACGAGUCGAGCAGUUUGUUGGGCAGUUUCUCGCGAAGCCCCCGAGGACGAGCAGGGUCUCCGUACCAGACAGGCCAGCUGCACCCCGCCGUACGAGUGGCCGAUCUCCUCCAGCACAUCAACCAGAUGAAGACGGCGGAAGGUUACGGCUUCAAGCAGGAGUACGAGAGUUUCUUUGAAGGCCAGACCUCGUGCCGCGAGACGUCGAAGAAAAAAGAGAACAGGACCAAAACUCGGCAUGAAAACAUUAUCGCCUACGAUCGUCAUCGGGUCAAGUUGCAUCCGCUGUUGGGAGAUCCCGGUUCAGAUUACGUCAAUGCCAGCUACAUCGAUAUACAGAUUAACAGAGAAGGUUACCACAAAGCCAAUCACUUCAUCGCAACUCAAGGACCCAAGCAGGAGAUGGUCUAUGAUUUCUGGCGGAUGGUGUGGCAGGAGCAUUGCGCCAGCAUCGUGAUGAUCACCAAGCUGGUGGAGGUCGGGCGGGUCAAAUGCAGCAAAUACUGGCCCGACGACACCGAGCUUUACGGCGAUCUGAAGGUCACCCUCAUCAAAACAGAGCCGUUGGCGGAGUACACCGUCAGGACCUUCUCACUGGAAAGGAGAGGCUACUCGGCCCGGCACGAGGUGCAGCAGUUCCACUUCACGGCCUGGCCGGAACACGGAGUGCCGUACCACGCCACCGGCCUCCUGGCCUUCAUACGAUGCGUCAAGGUCUCGAACCCCCCCGACUCGGGCCCUGUCGUUGUCCACUGCAGUGCCGGUGCCGGGAGGACGGGCUGCUACAUCGUGCUGGACGUGAUGUUGGACAUGGCGGAGUGCGAGGGAGUCGUGGACAUUUACAACUGCGUGAAGACCCUGUACGCGAGGAGGAUUAACAUGAUUCAGACUGAGGAACAGUACAUAUUCAUCCACGACGCUAUCCUGGAAGCUUGCCUGUGUGGGGACACCUCCAUCCCGGCUUGUGAGCUCAAGCCCACCUACAAGGAAAUGGUCAAAAUAGACCCGCAAAGCAACUCCUCGCAACUGAAGGAAGAAUUCCAGACGUUGAACUCAGUGACGCCGCACCUGGACAUCGAGGAGUGCAGCAUCGCUCUGCUCCCUCGCAACCGGGAGAAGAACCGCAGCAUGGACGUGUUGCCUCCCGACCGCUGCCUCCCCUUCCUCAUCACCGUGGACGGAGAGAGCAACAACUACAUCAACGCUGCCUUGAUGGACAGCUACAGGGGAGCAGCAACCUUUAUUGUCACCCCACAUCCUUUACAGAACACAACCACAGACUUCUGGAGACUCGUGUAUGAUUAUAAUUGCACAUCAAUAAUCAUGCUUAACCAGCUCAAUCAGCUGAACUCAGCCUGGCCGUGCUUGGAAUACUGGCCCGAACAAGGACUGCAGCAGCACGGGCCCAUCCAGGUGGAGUUGAUUUCCCGCACGGCCGACGAGGAGAUUGUCACCCGGUUGCUGCGGGUUCAGAAUUUAUCCCGGUUACAGGAGGGUCAGCUGAUUGUCCGGCACUUCCAGUACCUGCGAUGGUCGGCCUACAGGGACAUCCCCGAAUCCAGGAAGUCGUUCCUGCACCUGCUCAAGCAAGUUGAGAAAUGGCAGACGGAAUCCGGAGACGGAAGGACAAUAGUUCACUGCUUGAACGGAGGGGGCCGCAGUGGGACUCUCUGUGCCUGUACCAUUAUCCAGGAGAUGAUCAGAUACCAGAAGAUGGUGGACGUUUUCCACGCCGUCAAGACAUUGCGCAACAACAAGCCAAACAUGGUGGAGUCCCCGGAACAAUACCGCUUUUGUUACGACACGGCCCUCGACUACCUGGAGAGCCUGGAAGCGAGAUAGCGCCGUGUGGUCUGGGGCUGAACGGAGUCAAUACGGGGGGGGGGGGGGUUGGGGGUAGAGGAGGAGGGGUGGGGUGGGGGGAAGGAAUGGCCAGCGGUGACACCGACCCUCCUGACCACCCACGCACACGCGCGCGCUCACACACACACAAACGCACAGGCGUGUGCGUGCCAGUCCGCAAGCUCAAGCUCUACUAAUGGGGACAGCAGAUGCAAAAAAAAAAUGAACAGACUCAAAGAAAUAGUCUGUUUGACCCUUGGGAUGCCAACCAACGGGACGCCAUAAGCGCUCAAGCGCGAGAGUGAGACUGAUUCCCCCCCCCAUAAAAGGAAACGAGGCGGAGGGGGCACUUGGAAAAUGACCAGGGAGGCAGUCAGGGAUUAAAUGAAUGGCCUGAGGUGCACAGACUGAGCCCCCCCCCCACCCUCCUACCCCCCCAUCCCACCCAACCACACACGCACGCGCGCGCACACACACCCAGCCUGGGCACGCUGCGAUUUACGGCUGGGCAAACGGGUCCAGUUCGCCCGCAUCAGUGAGCUUCAGCGAACUGGACGGGCACGGUUUGGAUGGCACACAGAGGCAAACGGACCGGAACGGAGGAAAGAGACGAGCAGAACUUUAUUAAAGACCGACCGGCAAAAGGGUUUAUCAAACACUAUAUUUUUGAUGAGUUUCCAUUAAGGGCUUGGCAGUUGAAUAUAAAUAUACAACAUGCCCUUUCAGUGUAAUAUACCGACCGAGGAUGUGUGUUUUUUUCACCGUUGAAACUCUUUAAACCCUAUGCAUUUAAUCGCUGUACACUAAUACCGGCCAAUGUUGUUUUUUUUUUAAAAAAGCAAAAAUCUCGAUUUUUUACAUCACAGGUGAAUUAUACUACAAAAUAAUAGGACUUUCUCACACGCUGAAGUGAAAAUUGUCAUCUGUUAAUUAUACUUGUAAAGCAUUGACGGAGAUAAAAAAAAACUCAUGUUUUUCUUUCUUUA